AUGAGCUCGCUCCUGUUCCCAACUACACCCGAGAAGGAGUUCAACAUAUGUCUAGUGGGGAGUGGCGGUGUGGGAACAAUAGCGGCGCUAGUACUCGAGAAAUCUGGCAGAGCGAGGGUCACGGCGGUCUUGAGAUCGAAGUUUGAUAUUGUGAAUGAGCAGGGCUGGGAUAUUGAAAGUGUUGACCAUGGACGGUUGAAAAAUUGGAAGCCAAGUCGAGUCGUGCCUGCUAUUCAAGACGCCGUCUUCGGCCCCCCUCAAUCUUCUAAACUUGGCUCGUUUGCGCUUCCAACUGGUGCAUCGACUCCGUAUGAGCCCGCCAAGGAAAGGUACGACUACCUCGUCAUAUGCACGAAACAACUCCCUGAGAAGUACGACAUCGCAACAGCGGUUGCACCGCUCGUCACUUCCGACUUGACAUCCAUUGUCCUCAUCCAAAACGGGCUCAACAUCCACCUCCCAUUCAUUGCAGCCUUUUCAACCAACGUUACCAUGUCCGCAGUGUCUAUGAUCGGCUCCUUCACAGAAGGAACAAACAAAAUCAAACAUAUUGGUCCGGACAUGCUUCAAAUCGGGCCUCACUACCACGCCGGUGUUAAAGACUCCAUCUCACUAGAACGAACUCAAACUUUCAUCGACUUAUAUUGCGCAGGCGGAGCAAAAGAAUGCAUCCUCGCCCCCGACAUGCCAAAAGCCCGAUACGAGAAAAUCCUCUGGAACGGGGCCUAUAACACAGUUUGUGCACUGAUGGAGAUGAAUGUUGGAGAACUGCAAAGAUCUGGGGCCAGGGAGAAUUUGCUCAUGCCGAUUAUGUGGGAGAUUGUGGCUGUUGCAAAAGCUGACGGGAUUGAGAUUGGCAAGGAGGUUGUGCAGCACAUGGCGUAUCGGAGUCCUGAAUCUUCGACGUAUCGUCCUAGUAUGCUGUUGGAUAGGGAGGAGGAGCGGCCGAUGGAGUUUGAGGUUAUCCUUGGCGAUCCAAUUAGGGUAGCGAGGGAAUUGGGAGUGGAGGUGCCUGUCAUGACGACUAUUUAUGAGCUGUUGAAACUGGUGAAUUGGACGGUUGAAUAUGGAGCUCCAAGGGACAAAUUGAGGAAUGGACUGCGGAGUGAAAAUUGAGACUUGCUUUAUAAAGAAUGCGAGGAGUUUCAACAGUUUCCAGAGUGAAAAUUACCUCAUUCGAGAAAGGAUCAACACAGUACAAUGUCUUGCGCAACGAAGUUACCAGCUACCAG